GCCGCGAGAAUAGAGUGGACGGAGAGUAGGAGAGACCUAAAAGGCUAGGGGUGGGAGUAGCGGAUUUGAAGCACUUGUUGGCCUACAGAGGUGUGGCAAGCAGAGCGCCUCAGAACUCAGGCGUACUGCCCGCCGCCCGAGCCCUGCGAGGGCCGAUAGCGAGGGUGUGGCCUUUAUCUGCACCCAGCAGAGCGCCGGCGGGGUACGGUCUUAGGACCUCGACCUCCUUCUCCCUCAUUUUCUCUCAUCCCUACCUCUUGUGGGUUUCCCCAUGGGCCGGACCGUGGUCGUGCUGGGCGGAGGCAUCAGCGGCUUGGCGGCCAGUUACCACCUGAGCCGGGCCCCCUGCCCCCCUAAGGUAGUCCUGGUGGAGAGCAGUGAGCGUCUGGGAGGCUGGAUUCGUUCCGUUCGAGGCCCGAAUGGUGCUAUUUUUGAGCUUGGACCUCGGGGAAUUAGGCCAGCGGGAGCCCUAGGGGCCCGGACCUUGCUCCUGUUUCUCCUCUUCUGAGGGCAUGUGGAGAGCAGGUUUCUGAGCUUGGCUUGGAUUCAGAAGUGCUGCCUGUCCGGGGAGACCACCCAGCUGCCCAGAACAGGUUCCUCUACGUGGGCGGUGCCCUGCAUGCCCUACCCACUGGCCUCAGGGGGCUACUCCGCCCUUCACCCCCCUUCUCCAAACCUCUGUUUUGGGCUGGGCUGAGGGAGCUGACCAAGCCCCGGGGCAAAGAGCCUGAUGAAACUGUGCACAGUUUUGCCCAGCGCCGCCUUGGACCUGAGGUGGCGUCUCUAGCCAUGGACAGUCUCUGCCGUGGAGUGUUUGCAGGCAACAGCCGUGAGCUCAGCAUCAGGUCCUGCUUUCCCAGUCUCUUCCAAGCUGAGCAAACCCAUCGUUCCAUAUUACUGGGCCUGCUGCUGGGGGCAGGGCGGACCCCACAGCCAGACUCAGCACUCAUUCGCCAGGCCUUGGCUGAGCGCUGGAGCCAGUGGUCACUUCGUGGAGGUCUAGAGAUGUUGCCUCAGGCCCUUGAAACCCACCUGACUAGUAGGGGGGUCAGUGUUCUCAGGGGCCAGCCGGUCUGUGGGCUCAGCCUCCAGGCAGAAGGGCGCUGGAAGGUAUCUCUAAGGGACAGCAGUCUGGAGGCUGACCACGUUAUUAGUGCCAUUCCAGCUUCAGUGCUCAGUGAGCUGCUCCCUGCUGAGGCUGCCCCUCUGGCUCGUGCCCUGAGUGCCAUCACUGCGGUGUCUGUAGCUGUGGUGAAUCUGCAGUACCGAGGAGCCCAUCUGCCUGUCCAGGGAUUUGGACAUUUGGUGCCAUCUUCAGAAGAUCCAGGCGUCCUGGGAAUCGUGUAUGACUCAGUUGCUUUCCCUGAGCAGGAUGGGAGCCCCCCUGGCCUCAGAGUGACUGUGAUGCUGGGAGGUUCCUGGUUACAGACACUGGAGGUGAGCGGCUGUGUCUUAUCUCAGGAGCUGUUUCAACAGAGGGCCCAGGAAGCAGCUGCUACACAAUUAGGACUGAAGGAGAUGCCAAGCCACUGCUUGGUCCAUCUACACAAGAACUGCAUCCCCCAGUAUACACUAGGUCACUGGCAAAAACUAGAGUCAGCUAGGCAAUUCCUGAGUGCACACAGGUUGCCCCUGACUCUGGCUGGAGCCUCCUAUGAGGGGGUUGCUGUUAAUGACUGUAUAGAGAGUGGGCGCCAGGCAGCAGUCAGUGUCCUGGGCACAGAACCUAACAGCUGAUCCCCAACUCCCACUCAUGAAAAUAAAAAUUGCUGGAACUUGG